AAGAACUCUCUCUGGAAUGCAUUUAAAUGGAAUUCACAUUUUCACUGCUUUGAAAACACUCUUCGACAGUCGUGUUCUCUACUUUGGUUAAUUCUUAGGAUUUACUCUUGCAGUGUAUAUAGUUGUGAUGUGAUAGAGGAUGAACAUGAAUCAUUUGUAUUAAUGGCAGUCUUCCAUGCCGUAGAGGAGGGUAACCUCCAUGGUAUCAAAGAACUGGUGGAAAACCUUACCACUUAUGAUCCAGACCAGAAGAACAAACAUGGAGAAACAGCACUCCAUCUUGCGGCAGGCUACGGUCAUGUCGACAUCAUCAGGUAUCUUCAAGAUAAAGGUGCUACCAUUGAUGUUGCUGAUAAGCAUGGUGAUAAUGCAGUAUACUGGGCAGCGAGGCAGGGUCAGAUUGCGGCCAUGAGCUUUCUCAAAGACCAAGGCUGUCGUCUUGAUGCACAAAAUAAGACGGGUGAGACGCCCCUGCACGUUGCCGGUCGGUACGGUCAGGGGGAAGCGGUGCAGUAUCUUUGUGAUCAGGCUGUGAACAUGAACCUAGCAGAUGAGGACGGAGAAACCCCUCUUCACAUAGCUGCCUGGCAUGGCUACACCAGUAUAGUCCAGACACUAUGCAAAGCUGGUGCAACGUUAGAUCUUAAGAACAAGGACGGUGAAACAACCUUGCUCUGUGCUGCAGCCAGAGGUCAUCUAGACAUCGUCAAGAUCCUGGUGGAAGCUGGUGCCCUUCUGAACACCAUUGACAAGCAUGGCAUCACCCCGCUUCAUCACUCGGUCAGGAGACAGCACUAUGAUAUCGUCAAGUACCUGGUAGACUCCAACUGCGAUGUCAACCUCCAGGAUAAGCUUGGUGAUACCCCAUUGAAUGUUGCAUGCAAAGAAGGGGCUUUAGACUUGGUGGAAAUGCUGCAUGCUGUUGGAGCAAAGAGAGACAUCCUCAACAGGCAUAAGAACUCAGCACUUCACAUGGCUGCCCGAGGUGGUCACAUAGAGGUAGUCAGGUAUCUCUGUUUAGCAGGCUCUCUCAUUCACCAAAGAAACCAGGAUGGACUGACGGCAUCUCAGCUAGCCAGUCUAGAAGGACAUGAGGAUGUAGCAGAUGUACUCACACAACUUGAAGGGGAUAAGAGUAAGGAGCUCUUUAUCAACCAGCUGAACAGUACCUCUGGGCCUCUCCAUCGCACCCGCAUCAAGGUUCUUGGUCAGUCUGGUGUCGGCAAGACCACCCUCAUCGACUCUCUCAAGUGUGGUUACUUCCGAGGUCUCUUCCGCCGUUCCCGCUCCAACAUCAGCCUCAUCGGUAGCAGCAAUGGGCGGAGCUCACCGCGCUCUCCCAAGAGUCCACGGAGCCCGCUCUCCCCGCGCAGCCCCAUGUUCGGGAACGGGAAGAAGGUGGACGGCAGCCGGUUCUUCAUGGAGAGCCUGAGGCGGAAGCAGCUUUCAUCAACGUCUUCCAGUAUAGAUGUGGACUCCGAUGUCACAAGAGGGAUCGAGUUCACACAUGGGAACAUUCCAGGUGCUGGGGAUUUCACCUUCCUGGAGUUCUCGGGGGAAGAGACCUACCACACUGCCUACCCUCACUUCCUGUCUGAUGAGGGCGCUAUCCACCUGGUAGUCUUCAGCCUGGAGGAUUUGUUUGAAGAACAGCUCGCCCAGGUCACCUACUGGAUGAACUUCCUGAGAUCACAGCUUCCGUCCUCCGAACCAGUUGGCUACUGUGGCAAGUAUCGUCAGCAACCAAAGAUAGCCCUGGUGGCCACACACGCUGACCAUGCCCAGUGUCCAAAGCAACCCACGGGGGAGAUGGUCAGUGGGGAAGGGAACAUCGUUCUAUACCAAACCAAGAGGCUGUUCGGCCGGCUCUUUGACAUCUGUGACGUCCUCUUUGUAUUGGAUGCCCACAGUGCACAAUCCAAGGAUAUUAAGAUGCUUAGGACUCACAUAUCAAGCUUGAGGAAUUCAAUACUUAAGGUUGAAGCCCCAGUCUCUGUCCUCUGUGAAGCUGUUGCGUCAGCACUCCCAUCGUGGAGGAGAACUUUUGCAAACUUUCCUGUGUUGACAUGGCAACAGUUCUCAGAAGGUAUCCAUGCCAGUAUUAACCCUCUAGCUGGUCAAGCCCAUCUUAGGGAUGUAGGGAGACAACUUCAUUUAAUGGGAGAGGUCCAAUGUUUCAGCAGUGAGCUCCUUCAGGAAGUGAUAGUAAUAGAACCUACCUGGUUGUGUUCAGGAAUCAUUGGCAGACUCCUAAGCCAUGAUGCCACAGAGCAACCUGAAGGCCAGUACAGUAUCCACUACAUCCAAUCCCUUUUCCCAGACACAGAUGCCAUGGACAUCUCCCAACUGAUGGAGGCUAUGGACAUAUGCGUUCACGGAACAGUGUGUGAGAUUCCCGCCGUCAUGCGGUGUCCUGCCCCAGAGGGCAUUUGGGAGAAGGAGGAUGAAAACGGCAACUUCCGAGUGUAUGGUGGUGUCCGGAUGCAGUUGAGUGAUUGUGGAAGCACCUUGCCCUCAGGGUUGUUUUCCAGGAUUCAGAUGUCUUUGAGGAGGAACUUUCAGCAGGACAUGGAAGACACAACAGACAAUGAGCUUUUAAUGUGGAGGAAUGGAGCCAAGUGCUCUAGUGGAAGCAUUGAAGGGUUUAUUUCCAUGACGAACGAUGAAUGUGCCAUUGAGAUCAAAGUGCGAGGGUAUAACGACACCAGGCAAGGAUGCUUCAUCUUCCUGGAAGACCUUGUCCAUCUUGUCAAACAUGUCCUAGUGGAUUCUUAUCCCGGAUUACCGCUUAAUACAGAGGUGAUGUCACCAGUCCAACUGUCUUCCCAUGAGAAGACUGUCAUGGUAUAUGACCCAUGUUCUUUGCUUAAACUACAACUCAAAACUGAGAGGACGGUUGAAAACCUCAUUUCCAACCAGGAGGAGGAUUUUGUUGAUAUCUUUUGUUUUGGCUCAGAGGCAGUGGAAUCCAAUCUGAUUGCAGGUGUAGACCUGCAUAUCUUAGAGAUCCCCUCGUUGACGAGAAGACAGAUUAGCAUGUUGUUAGAUCCCCCGGACCCCAUGGGGAAGGAUUGGUGUUUGCUAGCCGUGGGGUUGGGACUCACAGAGAAGAUCCCCAUGUUGGACACCCUCAACCGAAGGUGCGGUCCUGACGAGUCGGACUCCCCGACAGAGCGGUUGCUGCAGGAGUGGGGGAAGGAGGAGACGAACUCUGUAGGUUUGCUUUUAAACAGAGUCAAAGACUUGGGACGUGAGGAUGUGUCGAGGGUCCUGAUGCAGGGGUCACCCCUCUACAAGUUUGUGCCUGACCCAAGGGCAUUGGAAGAAGGGAGGCAGUCGGGGUCAGGAUCCAAUCACUCCAGUAGCACAGUGGCUUCCAGAUGAGACGGCUGAUAUCUGUUAACAUGGCGACAGCAUCCCUCUCCAUCCUUAUUUUUUUAUACUUGUUUAUUUCCUUGAGACUGUCACAGUCAUUUUUAUAUUAUCUUUGUAUUUACUUCGUUGUGACUAAAGACCAACAUGAGGAUUAAGCAUAUGUUACAUCCAUGUGACCUUAAUUUGAUUGAUUGACAAUGGCAUCACUUGGGUGGUAAGACCUAGUCCCAGUUCUUUUUCCAUCAGAAGCAAGUGAACAGAUCCUUGUAUAAGCUACUGAAUGGUUAUGUCUGUUUGGCUAAAAACUGUUAUCGAAAAAUAGUGUGGGGAACUUUGGCCAAAGUAACUUGAAUCGUGGGAAAACUAUACAAGCAUGUUUGAUUGCGGGAAAGCCACCAUGAAAGGAUGCAUAGUGCCAUAAUAGCAGGAUAUCUGAUAAAGGCACAUCACAGGCUUUUGACAAGUUGCUUUAUGUGUGUCAGCUCUCUUUUGGUUGAUGAGUUGAAAAACAGUAGACUUUGUACAGGGAAGCGUUUCAUGAAAGUUGUCAGCACUGACAAGUUGGCUUUCUCCGACAGUUACCAUAGCAACAGUCAGAG